AUGGCUGGUUUUGAUGUAAGGACUUCUGGAAAUGAAAUAAAAGAAGUUCACCAAUAUGAAAGGGGAAGAUAUAUCAGUAGCAAUGAGGCUGUGUGGAGAAUUCUGAACUUUUCGAUUCACGAGCGUUAUCCGACUGUUAUUCAUUUAAGUGUCCACCUUGAGAAUGGACAACGAGUAUAUUUCACUUCUGCUAAUGCAAUUGAACGGGUUCAGGCUCCUCAAGAAACAACUUUGACCUCUUUCGUCCGCCUUUGUAUUGAAGUUAAGUUUGCACAUACAUUACUGUAUCAUCAAGUGCCAAAGUACUAUACAUGGAACAAUGCAAACAAGAAAUGGAACAGGCGUAAAAUUGGAAACAAUGUACCUGAUCAUCCUGGAAUCAAGUCGAGUGACGCUCUCGGUCAAGUGUAUACCGUACAUCCAAACAACUCGGAAUGUUUUCACCUGAGAUUGUUGUUGCACGAAGUUCAAGGCUUUUAG